AGGCACCUUGAAGGACGUUUUGCACCACGCGGGCUCCUUUGCUUGUGUGCCAAAGCAGAACGUCAGUAUGCAAAUGAACGGAGUUCGACCCAUCAUGCACCGCGGGCGCUUUAAUUUCUCAACGCCCUACCUACGAUGCCGUCGCGCAGUCAGAUUGCCGGGCGACGGUUGCUGCGGCUUCUGUGGCGACCCGUGCCAUCGCCUCGGGCCUUCUGCGCGGCGGAGGAGGCGCAGCUGCAGCCAUGGCCGGCCGAGGUCCGUUCGUCGAGCGAGGCUCUCUGGCGAAAGCUGCAGGCCGGCGGCGCUUUGGUGACGCCGGAUUUCAUUAGCGAGGAAGAGGAGGCGUUGCUGGCCCAGGAGCUGGAACCGCAGCUGCGCCGACAUCGCUAUCAAGACGAGCAUUGGGACGGGGCUAUUCAUAAGUAUCGGGAGACAGAAAAAUCACACUGGAGCAAAGAAUGUCAUGAGAUCUUACAACGAGUCCGGAAUGCUGCUUUUCCCCCAGGAGUGCCACAGCUUGCUCAAGUCCAUGUUUUGGAUUUGGAUAAAAGUGGCCACAUAAAGCCUCAUGUAGACAGUGUCAAGUUCUGUGGCUGCACCAUUGCAGGCCUGUCCCUCCUGUCCACAAGUGUAAUGCACCUGGUUAGUCAGCAGAAUCCACAGGACUGGCUGGAUCUUCUGCUGGAGCGCCGAUCUCUCUACAUUCUUAGAGGGCCUGCUCGUUAUGAAUUCACUCAUGAAAUUCUUAAAAAUGAGGAGUCCUUUUUCGAUGGAAAGAAGGUCGCCAGGGAACGAAGGAUCUCCAUCAUCUGUCGAAACCUGCCAUUACCAGCAGAACCAUCCUAGAACUGCCAGCAUCAAAAUGCUGAAGAGAAAAGAAGUAAAAUGAAGAAGUGGAAGACAAGUGAACAAUCUUGAUUAUAAAAAGGAAGUAUUGAGGAAUGUGAAAAUAGGUAGUACUUAUCUUUGAAUAAUUUGAGAUGUGGUAAAAUAUGAAAAGUCUAAGGUAGAAUCCGUGAUUUCCUAUUGCUUAGGACUAGAAUCCAGCUCUAUUUACAACCCAGAACAUCUGACUCUGUAUGACCCUAUCUCUUCUCUGUGGUUUUUUAAAAUUAUUAUUCCUCUCUUCAUUUCCUAAAAAAAUAAACCUCUUGAAACCCUAAGUUAUAUCUCUGCAGUAUUAUUGACAAUCUCUGUGGUGCACCUUUAUGUUGCUAAACAAAAAAAUGGCUUAGAUAGCUUUGUUGCGAUCAAUGAGCUAUAUUUUGUUUUUAAAAAGAAGUACUAUAUGUCUUUUGCUAAAAGUAUAGGCAUGUGGCUUUAGUCUGACCUUGACUCCUUAUUUUCUUGAUGUUUUGAGUGACUUAAACUAAUCAACAUUAAGAUGUUUUGGGCAUCAGUAAUGCAAUUAAUGCAAAAAAAAAACCUACACUCUCAAUGAAUGAUCCUGACCCCAGAACCAGAGACACUGUUUUUGUCCUUGCUUUACUUUUAUUUUAUUGACACCAGUAAGUACAUAUCAAUCAAUCAUUCAUAAUGUAAGUUUGGAACUAAUAGCUUCAGGCUUCCAAGAGAAGAAAUAGACAAAUAAAUUAAAAACAAUAACAAGGGGGAACUCUUAAUUGGGAAUGAACAUGGCAAAUGCCAGACCCUCCUUGAAUUCAGGAAAGAAAGAAAUUAGAAAUAACCCAUAAAUACUUUAAAUGGUUGCCUGAGCCUUUCAGAUCUAAUUUAGACAGGAUUCUGUCAAGCCAGCAAUGUGUUUAAGUGAAGUAUAUCUGGGAAGAGUGUUAAAGGACUGAUAGAUUAUAUACCCAGUCCAAGAAGGUACUUCUUACUUCCUACUAAAUGGGGAUCAUUCUGUAGAAUUGCUCUCGGCUUGAAGAGAAGGAUAUAGGCAUCACAUGGUGGGGUUUCUUGUAAUUCUUUCUCUUAAAAGCUUGUGUAGGUGCUGAGGAUGAGAUAAAAUAACGGAGCUUUGUUCUAUAGCUAAAUAUACAAUCAUGCUUUGUUACUGCCUUAUAAGUCUGCAUCCGUUCCCACCUCCAUAAUCAUCAGCCCACACAACUGCAGGCAGAGGCUGAGAGUUUCUCCACUUCAUGCCAGUGGUGGCUGUCGUCCAGAAAAGCUACAUUCUCAUAGUGUAUAGGACGACAGCAGGGGCUUCCCAAUGCUGGGAUCUCGCUCUUCUGCAACAGAAUUGAGAGGGUCAAGUCAUGAUUGCUGUGUGCCUUGGGACAAAUCCCACUACAAUACUUGAAAAGGAUGGUCUCUUCAGAGUUGUAGCCCAAACUUAGAUCUUUGAUACGAACCAGCAGACUUCGUAAUUGACAUUCUUGUUCCGCUGGUCUCUCCCAUGCAUGCCUCUUUGGGCGGAUCCUGGUUGGGCCAGAGAACAAUGGGGCUGGGAGAUUUGAAGUCUUGUUCUGGAGAGUUGUGGCACUGGUGAAUGUUUCUUUAAACGACUGUGUUUCUGUAAUGAGAAGAGGAAGAAGUAGAAUCAAAGGAAGAAUGGGCAUUAUCUUACAUAAUCCUUUGUUGGAUCUACUUUGAUUAGGAGCAAUAGCCAUUAGUAGAUUUAAACAUCUGGAAUGCUUAGGCCUUAUAUUCUGUCCAGGAAAGGAUUGUAUGUGUUCUGAGUGUGUGUAAGUUUAAGAGUUGGAAGGAAAUAAUUAGUGUUUAGCCCUUGCUUUGUUAGAUUAAAAUAACCAAAAGUAUUUCAGGUUGGUGGAUAGACUCAAAACACAUUAUUUUGAUACUUGCAAUACAAAAUCCAAGUUCUCUUCCCUUUGCACUUUAAAUAUAGAAUAAGAAAUGGAAUAAGAUACAGAAGAUGCUUCUUUAUCAUGCAGUCCUAAAGUUACUACUUCUAAGUAUUGUGCAUCUGUUUUACCUUUUCAUUAUUGUCUAUUUUGUGGAAAAGAAAACUAUAGAAAAAGCUAGGGAAAAAAAGAAUGUUACAAAUAGAACAUGUAGUCAGGAACAACAUAAAGCAGUGUGAUUGUAUAAUAAAUAACAUCUGGCAAUACAUUCAGAAAUUUUCCUAUUAAUGUUAAUAUAGUCAUACCUUAAUAUAGUUAGUGCUUUCUCAAUCUGUGAUGAAUUACUGUUAAUUUCUGGUAUCUCUAAAUAAAAUAGGAAACAAUAGAGAGUAGCAGAAAAAGAUUAUGAAGAGCCAAUGCACAGUAAUAGUCUGUAUGGUCCAGUUAUCUCACCUAGGGUAAUGCAGUUUACAUGCCCCAAAGUAGAAAUAUUCAGUGGAUUAAUCCAUAUGCACACACUAGUUUAAAUUUGCUAAUGAAGAUGUCUAUGAAGAGGCUCAGUCAUCCAGGUCAUGGUUGUCCCAACGGUGCUUUUUCAAGAGGCAACUGUACUUGUUGUUUUGAAGAUGUUUCGCUUCUCAUCCAAGAAGCUCUGACUGGAUGGUGGGGAAUGGAAGGAUUUAUAUUCCUUGCAGGCAGAUGGUGAUUUGCACUUUUAGAGAGUCGUUGAGGCCACUUGGAGGCUUUUCUAUGACCUCAGGGUCACCUGAGUAGUGCAAAUGGGUGUGAAGCCUUCUUGGAACUGCUGAAAGGAUUGUGUUGUAGACAAGAGAUAGAUGAUGAGUAUCCCUCCCGCUCUGUUGAAAGCAGACUGUCAGCUCUCAACAGAGAUAUGUCAUCAUCUAUCUCCGGUUCAUGGCUCAGUUCAUGGAAUUCUCUUUCAUGGCUAAGAUAAGAUUGAAUAAUAUAAGAUUGAAAGGAAUAUAAACCUCAUACUGCUAGAACCAAGGCUGUUACGCCAGCAGUAAUUCCAGGUAUUUAAAAAGGAAAUAUAGAUAUAUAGAUAUAUAAAACAAGGAACAUGAGUGGAUCAAGUUUUAUAAAAAGAAAAGCCAUAGUUUUUUUAGCCUCUUUUUCAGCAGGAAAAGGAUAGUGCCUAGGAUGGUGAUGGACAAAGAGCUUUUGUUGCUUUGAAAAUCCACACCACCUCAGUUUUCAUGUCUUUGGAUAGGUCUACAUUUCUACCAUUUUAGCAAUAGUCUACUUUAUCAUAAAAAAGUGUCAAAUUAUCCUGUUAAUAAUACAUAUCACACCUUAUAAAAUGCAUAUACUGUAUUCUGAACUGUGAAUAAUGGAUAUCAAUACACAUCUACCAAAUCGAGAAAAUAUCACAGUGCAUGCUUUUCCCUGUAUCCCAAACACUACCUUCAGCUUUGUCUCUGGUAUAUCCAAACCCAAAGCACUCUGCCUAAAACUAAUGAAAAAGGCAAAAAACAGAAGACAUCCCUUUGUCACAUUUCGAGAAACCUCUGGUCCCUCAGAUACUAAAUUAUAGUUUUCAUCAUUACUUACUUUUGGCUAUGCUAUGACAGCUAAUUCUAAUUGUAACUUAGCAAUGCUUGGGUAUGCGUGUGUGUGUGCAUUCCUUAUAUCCCUGCUAUAUAUCCUCUUCAUUGUGAUACUUUUUUCAUAAAAAUUGCAGCUUGCUGGGAGUUUGUUGGAGAUUUCAAAUAUCUUUCUGUUCCUGAAAGGAAGACUAGUGUAGUAAGAUUGUUUAACAAGAAGGAAAAAAGUGAGAGAUCGAUUUUCCCCUCAUCUUCUAAGUAUCAUGAUAAACUAGAUAGAAAUCUUGGUGUAGGGAUGACUUAAGACACAAAUAUAUCUUAGGUGUUAGAUGCCUAAGACAAUUCAUAAUAAUAAUGUUGUUUUGUAAAAUGCUAGUUACUGAUAUCCUGAUGCUGAAAGUUCAUUUGGCAAUUGAUAACCUUUCCUUUUCAUUGAUGCUAUUUUUGUUCCAUUUACAUUAUUCCCCCGCAUCUAGCCAUCACGAUGUCCCCGACUUCCUUGAUUUUCUUGACUCUAUUCCAUUCUUACUUGGCCUUCCUUCCUCCUUCACCUGCCUCUUUUGAAACAUCCUUCUGCUUUCAUUUAAUGCAGCAUUUAGAUAGUUGCUAUUACUAUAUAUGCCCACUGUUUACGUCCCCAUGCCACUUUCUUUUUCCAGGAACCUCUCAGCAUCUUCUGUGACUUACAAAUAGAGUGCGCUUUUUGGAUUUUAUACUCCUGUAUUAGGAUUUCAGAAAUCUUCUAUGCAACUGCUAAUGGAGAUAAAGUUCUGUAAAACUCAGAACAUUAGCAAUGUUCUGGAACAUUAUAGGAAUUGAGUUUACGUGAUGUACUUACCUUGGUUACUAAAUUCACAAGACAAAUUCCUUGUGCGUCUAAUCACACAGCCAAUAAAGAAUUCUAUUCUAUUCUAUUCUAUUCUAUUCUAUUCUAUUCUAUUCUAUUCUAUUCUAUUCUAUUCUAUUCUAUUCUAUUCUAUUAUUUUAACCCAUUUCCAUGUACAUGCAAUACAUUAAAUACACUAUAAGCUGAAUUUGCCUAAUACAUUAUAUCACAAAAAACUAUAAUGAAGAUUAAAAAAAAUAGCAAACUGUAAAUUAGGGAAAUGCAGCCUCUUGGUCAUCUUUUGGCCAGAUUUAACAUGAUGUACCAACCCAGCCUGGAAGUUUGAGAAGAGUAGGUAUUCAAACCUAGGCUGCUUAAAUAUAGGAUUAGUGAAAUAUAGUCUGUCAAAUGAAUAGCCUUUUAUCACCAUUGCUGGUGCCUUACUGCAUGGCAAAUCCAUGUCUUGGCGAAUCAAGUCAGCAAUAGUAGGAGUGUUUAACCAAUUUCCAAGCAAUUGUUGUCAUACCUAGUUGUCUCUGUAAUACGUCUCUGAUCCAGGUGCCUGACUUUUGCAUCAUGUUGCCAUCAGUGAGUUGGGAAGGAGUUGUUUGGAUCAACAGGAUGAGAGACAGGCUGUAGACAAGCUGAGGUGUGCCCAUCCCUUCCCCAGUGAGCAAGGCCAAGUUCUAUAGGGAAGAUAAAUCUUUCCCUUCCUUUAUAUCUUCUUUGAAAGAGUGGGUGGGAGGAGGAAUUGUCUGUAGACUGCUUGGAACAAAAGUAUUAACCCUUGCACCUUUAAACUAUUAUAGAUCAUGCAAGACAGGGUUCCUCCACAGCAGGCUUGGAUGUUCAAUACAUAAAUCAUAAUGGCUUUGAUGAGAUCUGUAUGCAGGACAGGCUUUCCAACAGCCUGUUAACCUUUCCUCUAGAUCACUGUGAGAGUCUCUCAACCAAGAAACAAUUGAUAGCCAUGCUUGAACAUGGCAAACAUCCACUGCAGUGUCCUUGCCAAGAAAAAGAUUGAGCCAGCCUGACAAUGUGCAAAACCCAAGUGGUCACCUGAAGCAGCAGCAGACAUAAUGAUAUCUCAUCAAAGAGAUGCUGUCUAGGCUGGGUAUGGUCAGAUAAGAGGGAGCAUGAAGAGCAAGAGGUUCAGGAGGGAUUAUCAGGCUGUAAAGGUGGCAGAAGGGCAGGGCUUCCCAACCUUUUCUAUACCCCACACCCGUAGAACGCUUCUGAUAUAUUUUCGCACCCCUUACAGCAAUAAAUAAUUAUAUGCAUAUAAUUAUGCACAUAACUAUAAUUUUAAAACUUGUAAAGCCAGGUUUUUGCACCCCCUGUAGUAUCAUCUUGCACCCCAUUUGGGAAACACUGCAGUAGGAGAAUGUUACUUUCAAACUUGCAAAUUCUGUUUUGCUUUGCAAAUAUUACGUCAUUUGGUUACGUUUCCUGUAUAGUCUUAUUUCAGUGAUUGUGAACCUACAACACACAUGACAAAUGUGACAUGCCACAAUAUUUUGAAUGACAUGCCAGUGUUCACCAACAGCUGCAUAUAUGGAACAUGCUGAACUGACUUUCUUGACCCUGGCUUUAGAGAUACAGCUUUUGUGAGAUAUCCUGAAAGAGGAACUUCCUUUUCUUGCACAGAUGGUUGGUAAAUCUAGGCCUUCCUCUUGAGAGAAUUUGAAGAUAGUAAUGAUUUUUGCUUCUGAUUGGAAAGCAUUGUUACACUUCCUGGUGUGCACAUGACAGGUUAUUGAACUGAAGGGACAAUGAAGGGAAGCCACAAGGUUUGGGAGGAAAAUGUAUCCAGCUGUUCAAUAAGUUGCAGGACAAUUGUGAUGUUCCUUGAUUCUUUGUACAGUUAUAGGACCAUUGAAAAAUAUAACUUUCAGAUGCCUUAGAUUCCAACAAAAACUUGUGUUCUGAUGCACCAUCUCUUAGUACUAGAUACCAGGAACAUAUCUGUAAAAGAAGGAAAUAUGGGUGACUUUCAGGUUAAAAAUAUAUUGGUCUGAUAUAGUCCAACAGAAAUGAUCCUACAUACUUCUGCAAUAAUUAACAUAGAUAACCUACUAUAAUAAACACUUUCUCUAUAAAGUUUCAGAUCUCUUCUGAGUACUGUUCAAAAUGCAUUCCCAGACAUUAUUUUUCAAAUUUAAUUUUCUCCCAUAUUUUCCUUUUUAGCUUCCUCCCAAUAUCUUCUCCCAAAGAUUUUUUUUCCUUUUACUUCCAGUCACAUCUCAUUUUUUGUUUCAUGGUUGAAGCUGGUUGGCCUUCAGUGUUGUCUGGUUGUAUAAAGUCUCUGUUCUUUCACCAUUAACAUAAAAAAGCAGGAUGUUGGAAGAAAAAUUCAAGAUAGAAAAGAAACUGUCUAGAACAUACCUAGAUUUAGGUGGUGAAUACAUUUCAUACAUAGAAUAAAAUGUACUUAGAGUUAUGAGGUUUCCUUUAAUGAGAAGUACAUAAUAUAAAGAACGAUUCAAAUAAAUAAGCAAAUGCUAUCCACUUCUGAUAUGGCUUUUAGAAUCUGAUAUACCAUUUAGGCUUAUCUGAAUAAGAAUAUACCAGCGAAUCCCAUUGUGCUCCAUUUCAUUCAAAUGACAUUUCUCAAAACCUAUGCUUUAAUGUUUAUCUGUUUUGGGCAGAUACAUGUGUGCUGAAUGUUGUUGCUGUUUUUGAGGCUAGAGCAAUACUGUGUAUGCUAUCUCAAGCCCCGAGUGGAGUUACUCUAUUACCCUGCUAUUAACACUUCCCUGGCUACAACAUAAUGGAGACAACCUGUUGUGGACAUUGCCUAACAUGAUAUACAAAUUUGCAUCUUAAUUCUUUUGUCCUUAGUUCAUUAAGGGAAAUAUACAUAUUCUCUCAGCUCUCUGGAUGAGUGAAUUGGAGGGAUGUAUCAGAUACGGUGUCUCUGAGUUUGCAGACUGCACAGAGCAUUGUGAAUAGGACAAAAUGGACAAAUGGCUCUUCCUUCUUCACGUGAGGGCUGCAAAAAUAAAAUACUUUGUUGCUCUUUUUAUAUACCCUGAAUGUCCUUAUCAAUCCAUAUUGGAAAAAUCACCAAUGGUCUUCAUAUCCACAUUAUAAUAAUCAACCAUGGAAUUCAGACCAGAAAAAUGGACUCCACCUUGGAAAAAUCUCUAAUGAUUGGCUGAUUAAUAUGUUAUGGAUAUGGAGUUCAUCAGUGAUUUUUCUCAUGUGGAUUCCAUGAUUAUUAUGUUGAUCAUUAUCUGUAUUUUUUAUCUCUGAUCAGAUUAAUAGUAUGAACACUUCCAGUCCCAUUUAACUGAGAAAGUCAUCUGAGAGAUUCUUAACUGCUACUCCAAUGCUUUGGAACCGCCUCCCUAUGGAGAUUGGGUCUAUUCCUAAUCUCCUGAGUUUCAGGAAAGCAAUGAAAACCUGGCUAUUUUAUUUAGCUCGGGACAAAAGCAUGUUGUGAUUUUAUAAUUCAUUCUUGUCAUAUUCCUUUUUGUGAUCUGUUAGCAUUUUUGAUAUUUUUAGGGUAGAUUUAUUACUUUUUGAAGAUGUUCUCUUUUUUAUGCUUUAUCUUAUUGUUUUCCGGUCAGAACAUUCAAUUUGUGCCUUGCAAAUAAAGAGUAGGAGAACGGUGAUGGUAUCUUUCCUCCAGUGGUCUCUGUCAGUGUUCUUGUGAGAUAUCCUAUCAUAUAGCAUGUCCAGAGAGGGGGUGACAGAAAGAGGCGUGAUCACAAUUAAAAGGCAGCUACUGAAGCUAGAGGUGCUUUUCAUGACUUUUGUGCACAAUUCUGCUAUGAGCUGAAAUUCUCCAGUUGCUAAAUUCAGAACUGGGCCACCAUUGUCUGUGACUUAGCAGUGGUUGCUAUUGGUCAAUGGCUGCUGUACCUUGAAGAGCUCCUCCUUGACAUAUUUGAUAUUUCUGGGCUUCUUUUAUAUUUCUGUGCCCCCAGGGCUGCUAGCGUUCCUGAGAUGCCGAGGUAAAGGUCAGCAAAAGAAGAAGAGGAAUUUGGGGUAGGCGAGCUGUCGUCUGGUUGUCAGUUUAGCUCUGUGGUGUAUGGAACAUCUCCUUGAACCUUAGUGAGGCUAGGAGGGCUUGUAUGUGGCAUGGUAGAGUCAAUAAAUCACCAUCAGGCUGACACAAGAGGGAUCUCUGCUGUCUGCAUUUGGUCUCUCCAAGCAGUACAUUCCUUCCACUUGGCAUUGUACAUACCACAACAGGACCCAAUGGAGGCUUAGCAGGAGUGGAAACAGUCUGGAGGAUCAUAAGAACGGAAGAACAGACUGGAAGUUAGGUGGAUUCUUAUGGUUAGGCCAAGGGACCCCAAUCUUUUGGGCCAAUGGGCUCAUUUGGAAUUUUGAAAAUAUGUUAUGGAUGUUCCACAAAAUGUCUACUAUUGUGGGCAUUGCCAAUUGUAACAACACAUUUAUCAAAAGACCCUACCCUUUUAUCCUCUCAAAAUGCUUCUUACGGUACAGUUCACAUUUGUUUUUCUUUAGAGAAAAUGACAGCUGGGUACACUUUAUAACAAAGCAUUCAGGUUCAAACCAUUCCCUCCCCUAAAGAUGCCUAUAUGGGAUCCAGAUGUAAUUCUGGAUAUAGGUGAUGCUUGAAAGUGAUACUUUGCUUUGCAGGAUGUUAGCUUCCCUUUCAUUAUUCUUUUAAUUAAUAUAAAAUAAGGAAGAGGUGGAAACCUAUUAGCUGCCAGGAAAUGUGGCCUUUCAGGACCCAGAGUUUGGUCUGGUGUGGAAGGAAAGACAGAUUCCACCUUCUCUUGUGGAAAACAAAGGAUAACCUCAGUUUAACUGGAAAAUCAGGAUCUAGAAGACAGUUUUCAAAAGUAUGUAGAAAAUCCUGGCUUUUCUCAGACUUUUGCUAAGGAUACAACAUUGAAAGUCAUUCUCAAUAAUAGUUUGUCUGAAUGAAGGCCUCUUACCUUAUUGAGCAUCCUCUUCAAAGUGCAGGCUAUGUUCUAGAUCUAAAUUAUAUGUUUUUGUACAGGCUGUAUGUGAGAUCCAGCAAACCUUCACAUUAUCUUGUAAGAACUGAAUAUGAUUUAGAGACUCCCCACCUAUUCCAUGCCACAAUCUUCAGAGAUUUCACAUCACUUACUCACUCACUCUCACACACACCAAAGGGCAAAAAAUUGAAAGAUAGAUUUCUGCACAGGGGAAUUUGGAUUCAGUUCUAUGAAAAGAAUAAGAUUCAGAAUCUUUCCCAAAGGAUAUCUUGAAACGACAGUCAAACUAUCAGAUUUUUAUGCUCUUGAAAGCAGGUGAGUCCUUGAAGUUCCUUGAAAUGUAGCAUAGCAGUUUGUGCUGCACCUAGUUUUUUCUUAUAUUCCCAUUUAAUGUACACAUUCAAAGGAUGAACAGAGAGGGAUUACAUUUUUCAGUUUUUGCCACUCAGUUUUGGGAGGGGAUUGAUUAAAUGGGAAUGAGGGAGAGUAUUUCCCCAAGACAUCUGGAAUUGAAUGUUGCCUAUGUAUUUUGUGUCACAAAUUCCAUUACCUUGGGCAGCAAUUGACUAUGUUGGUUGAAGGCUAGUUGAAGUGAAGUGGACUUACUUUAAAGGAAUCUGUGUAAGAAAGGAGUUGUGAUAAGCAGCUACUUGCCGAAGCAAUAUCUCAUUGAUUUACAAUUUUAUUAAUCCUCUUAAUAGUGGACCAUAACUUGAUCUGCAUCUCAUUAACCUAAAUCAGAUUACAACAAUCACCUUAGUGUUUUUCUUUUUGGUCCAAAACAGACAUUUUGGAUCAGCAAGUCUCUCAUUAUGUGGCAAUGUGGCACCUUUCUCGUUUGUUUGUCUGUACCGUUUGGUAUGAAGGAUAAAAUUAUUUUAGUUAAUAACUGUUAAUAGAUAAAAAGUAUAUUAUCUAAUUCAAAUUUCUGAUGCUCUCCAUAGGAAUUCAGGAAUGUGUAAUUCAACACAUCUGAAGGUACCAUGUUGACAUUCUAAUAUAAUAAAAAUAUCUUUUUUUUUUUAGAUCAGGCAAGUGUGUGUGUAUGUGUGUAUUAAAAAAAUCCCACCUAUUUCCAGUAGAGGCCUUCUUGGAAACCCACAAAUAGUGCAUGAAGGAAUGCUUGAAAGAAGGGAAGCCCUUUAUUUUUAAAAAUGAAAAAUUAUUUUCCAUUGUGAGUAUGUCCUUGGCCUCCUCUGGUUUCUGAACAACAUAUCCUGGUUUUCUUUCCAUUCAUCCACUCUCCAUUUUCCAACUUAAAAGUAAGAAGCUUGCUACUUUCAGAAUAAUAAGUUGCAGCAAGAAAAUUUCCUUUCUUGCUUCUUUCUGGUAUUCAGCUGCAAGGAGGUAGCUGUUUCUAAGUGUUGGUGUGAAUCAAUACUUGUGUAUGCUUCUUAAGUACAACUAUUUGCUUUUUGGUUCUUGUUCUUGCCUUAAGGUCAAGUGAUCUUUGAAGGCAGGGAUUUCUGAAGAUGCUUUUACCAUAUGAUAUGCUGCUGUACAGGUAGUCCUCAAUUUAUGACCACAGUUAAGCCCAAAUUUUAUCUUGCUAAGCUAAGUGAGUUUUGCCCCAUUUUACAACGUUUCUUGCCACAGUUAUUAAGUGAAUCACUAAAUGAAGGAUUGUAACUUGAGGACUACCUGUAAUUGUAAGGCUUUUUUCCCACAGGUAUCAACUCAAAGCAAGGCAUUCUCUAAGUGCUCCCACCUUCUGAAGUUCAGUGAAUGAUGGUUGUAGAAACAAAUUUGAUCAAAGCAUUCAAAUUCAGCAGAAGACUUUUAACUGAU